AGUGAUGGAGUGCUGUGCUCUGCCUGGCUGUAACGGAGAUCUCAGCACACCAGACAACCACGUAUUCAAUGGCUUCGAACUUUCAUCACCAGACCUCAGCUUCUCACCGACAGACCUCUUCUCGCACCGGCGGAGCAGCGAGGCUGGAAGGACACCCGUCCGCGACGCGGCUUCGCCCUCUUCGCUACAACGAUGCCCGACCUCAAGCAGACGAUCCUCAAACGGAAGAGCUGUUGGAACGUAUGCGCCGGCAAAUGCCCACUUCCUGUUACAUGAUGCGUCCUCUGCUGACGGAGCACGGCGUAGAUGGCAGCACACGGUUUCACAUCUACAAAUACCCGACGGAAGCUCUGGCCGCCAUGAACGAGUUUCGGUUGGAGGGGAGUCUUUGUGAUAUCACGCUGAACGUGAACGGGGAGUGCAUACGUGCGCACCGGAUUGUUCUAGCGGCAUGCAGCGCCUACUUCCGUGCGAUGUUCACGAACGGCAUGAUGGAAGCCUCUUGUAGCGAGGUGACCAUUCGAGAACCGAACAUCACACCACCAACACUCAGGAUCCUCGUGGAGUUUGCCUACACCCACGAGAUUCUCGUCACCCAAGAGAACGUCCAGGCGCUUCUGGUGUCGGCGAUAUUCUUAGAAAUGACCCACGUGAUAGAAGCAUGUACGUUGUUUAUGGAGCAGCAACUGGAACCCAGCAACUGCAUCGGUUUUGCAAAUUUUGCCGCAAUUCACGGGUGUUUGGAUUUGGAGGCCAAGGCGAAGAAAUACAUCCACGAACAUUUCUGCGAAGUUAUAAAGUAUGAUGAGUUUUUGACGUUGGAGCACGAGGAUAUGAUUAACAUUGUUAAGCAAGACGAGCUCAAUAUUAGGUGCGAGACCCAGGUGUUCCAGGCGGUGGUGCGGUGGGUGGAGCACGACACGGACCGCCGGCUCAACCAGCUCGUCGACCUCCUGGACAAAGUCCGGCUGACCAGCAUGGCCCCGUGCUUCCUGGAGAACCAGCUGGAAAAGUGCACCGUGAUCAAACAGCUGCCCCACUGUGUCCAGCUGCUCCUGGAUAAGCUCCGAAAGCUGCAGCAGCACAGCGGAGACACGCUGGACAGGCCCAGGAAACCCUGCAAGCCUCUGGUCGUCUACAGCGUCGGCGGGUUCUACCGCAAAGUCAUGGAUUCCCUCAAGUGCUUCGAGUGCUACAACCCCGUGAGUAAGGAGUGGACUCGUCUGCCGGACCUCCCCCGACCUCGCUGCGGCCCCGGGGUCACGUCACUGCAGGGGCUAGUCUACGUGGUGGGGGGCAGGGUGAUGCGCUGCGGGGAGAGUGUGGACUCGUGUUCGCUGGAUGUGUACGACCCCGGCCAGAACAUGUGGAUAAACGGGAACCCGAUGAGCGUGGCGCGGAACCGCGUGGGCGUGGCGGUGCUGGACAACAUGAUCUACGCCGUGGGUGGCUCGGACUGCGGGGAGCAGCACAAGUCCGCUGAGAGGUGUUGUGGUUCUAGGUGGCUGUGUGUACGCUGUAGGGGGUUUUGACGGCGCGCGGCAGCUGCAGUCAGUAGAACGCUAUGACCCAGUCAAGAGAUGCUGGGACUACGUUGCUUCACUACAACGGGCCCGUAGCGGCGUAGGAGUUGCUGUUGUUGACAAUAAGAUCUUUGCAUUGGGAGGUUUCGAUGGCCGUGAUUUCCUGCCAUGUGUGGAGUGCUACAACCCGGAGUUGGACCAGUGGCAGAGCGAGACCAUCAUGCUCUGUGAGCGCAGUGGCCAUGGGGUGGCAGUAGAACGCCAGCCCACCAUUGGAUAACAGACUGUGGUCACUGAGUCAGUGACAGUACAAGAACAUACAAUCGUCGUUCUGAUUAUAAUCUCUGAAGAGACAUGGUUAGUCAGGUUAGACAGCUAUCUUCCUAAAUAUUCAGUGGAAACCCAGCUUACCCUUGGAUACCAAACAGUAUCACUGAGUGAAGUGGCAGCACAAGAAUGUGAUAUAUAAAGGUGACAUGAAGUCUCAUGUGUCCAACCUCAACCCCCUGUGUGACACUAGCUGCAGUGAGCUUCCUUCCUCACGUCCUUUUCUACCAUUGGUAGGUCUGCACUCCUUCCUGUGAGGCGUCAGGGUUGUGAUAGCCAAAGCGCACUUUUUCAGUUUUGAGUGUGAAGCAUGAAGAUGGGCCCAGCCUAGGGAAAAAAUGUUCUCAAGGAUUCUGUACAUGACUGCCUCAAUUGCAGAGCAAGUAUUUCAAGGCUCUAUAUUUCAGAUGAUGGUAUGAAUUUGCAGGUCCAAAUGGUGGCAAGGUGAGAAUAAAAAAAGGCGCAUGAUCUGCAGUAAACCAGAAAAGUGAUGGUGUUAGUUGAAUAUAUUGGCGAGAGACUUUAUACACUUGGAUGUCACUUGUGACAUAAAGGUGAACUGAGAAUCAAAAAGUACAAAUGUGCCCGUAUUUGUUCAAAUAUCUACAUAUUUAUUCAAAUGUCAAUGUAUUUGUUCAAAUUUUAUUUGUUUAAAUAUGUAAGUGUUUGUUCAGAUAUAUCUGUGUUUCUUCAAAUGUUCAAGUUCAAGUAUUUGUUCAGAGUAGAGAAAGCAUCAAGAGGCAAUCAUCAGCAGUAACUUUUCUGUGGAAUAAUCCAUAGAAUAUGUAUUUUCAAAGGCAUACCGUUUAUUUCAGUUAGUAUCAUUCUGAGCUUUAGUGUAGGCCAUUCUUGUUCAAUUUCAUGAUGAACUUGGGUUGCUUGAGAAGUUUUCAUAGAUCUACGCUCACUUGGCUCUCUCCUGUGAACAACAGACUUUGAAUUGAAGAUUCCCCCCCCCCCCCCCCCCCCCACCUCUAAGAUAUUUGUGUUGAAAGGGGGUUAAAACCAAUACAACAGCACAUAGAUAUCAUAUUACUGGAUUUACCAAUUAGUUCCUUGCGCGUAAAUGAUCUCUGACACAGUUUGUACAGUUACAUGUCAUGUGUAAUAUGAAUUGUUUUUGUAUAGAUUUCAGGAGGGGGGGAGUGGGGAAGGACAUUAUGCAGAGGUGCUCCUGGUUGAAUUACUGUGAUGAAUUGUGUCCAUGUUGUCCUCCACUGAAAACUGCCGUGUUAACAGCGAUGCAUACCAGGAUCUUUCAACUCAUUUUCUGUGAAUUUAUGGAUAUCUCUGAUGGCGUGAAGUGCAAGAAAUGGAAAAGCAUUUGCUGUAUUGGUGAGACUUUGUUUGAGCCUGUGGCCUUAGAUCAAGACAUGAUUCUGAGAGUAUCGUCAUCAUCCACAGACGACGAAAGAAGGUUUUUAUACAGUUUUUAAUAGAGGCUUAUGAAUAAUACAAUAUACAGAAUAUUGUGAAUUUAUGAAAAACAUCAUUCAAUUAUGCAUAAUCCUGCUUUCCUGUUCAGUGCCUUCUUGUAUUCGAGUCUUGGUGAUUAUUUUUCACACUGACAGAAGCUGGUGAUUUUUAUCUGAUCUAGAAUGUGAUUUUUUUUUCUUGAAUGCUCUUUGAGGAUUCAGUGAAAAAUGUGGCCGUUUUAAUCAUCAUUGUAUGUCUAAUGCUAUGGACUAUGUGGAAAUUUGUCCUCAAUCUGGGAACAUUCCAGUAGUGUGCUGUGGUGAAAAAUUGUUGGAACAUCACUAUACUGCAGUCAGCAGUGGCUGGUGAAGCUAGCAGUCUCAUGGAAUAGCGUACUGAGAUGACUGCUACCAACGGGAUUGUUUAUUCAUGCAAUGCAUGCUUGAUGACAUGGGCAAAACACUUUGACCUCAAUGUGUCAUAUGUUCGGGAAUAGCGAUUUAUGUAUUGGUGUUUGUGUGUGAGUGAUGCAUGUGAAUGUAGCAUCCAUUGUAAUAGUGGAUCGACCGUAGCAUUUCUCAAAAGUUAAUGAGCCUUCAACUGUUGUGAAAAAUAUGCUUGUUGCCAGAAGCAAAUCUCUUGAAAAUUAAGUGUGGGCUAUUUGUUACUGUGAAUCAGCUUCAAGUGUUUGUCUCCAGCACAAUAUGUGUAUUUGAAUUUAAUAUUAUAUGCCUGUACUUCAAGCAUUAUUUAGAAGACAGAAGUCAUAGUGUAGAGCAGGCAUUUGAUCACUUGUAUCAGAAAUAUUGUGUGGCGUUUCUGAACUUUGUGUGUAAUAUAGGUGUGUGCCACGUCAACAACCAAUGAGCCAUCUUGUUCUGUUCCACCUUGCCUGGUUGUUGUGGUCAUUUGUAUACAUGGUGAUGCGGGUGACCUAUGAUAAAAUUGUUUUGAAUUUUUUAGAAUAAAAAAUGUUUUGUUAGCGUUUCAUUUCAUAUUUUUAUGUCGCUACUUCAAUGAAUGUGUAUAGGGAAAGAAAACUCUUGACUGUUUGCCUUUUCUUUUACACUGUGCCUCUAUUCAAGCAAGUCUCAUCAACAUCUCAUUCAGUGAAUGAAGGUACAUGUAAUUGUAAUGGAAGCUAUUUUUCUACAGGUGAAAUCAGGCUUGAAGCUUCCUUGGUCCUGGGAUGUAAAUUGAUUGCUAGCUCUGUCCUGACUUGUGACGAGUUGUAUUGUUUAUUCGUUCUUGUGUUUGUCAGUCUGACUCUAGAUAGAUGCCGGACAUGCAGUGUGAACUUAUGACCGUUUAAUAUAAAUAUCUGCUUUUCUCACAAAUUGUAAUAGCACCUCACCAGGGGGCAAACUACUUUUGAAUUGUUUAUAUUCACUUUGCUAGUCAUCAUAGGCUUGCAAUAAAAUAUGUGUGGAAAUUCUAUGUUAAAUAAAGUGUCAUGCGAUCAAGUUUCCUGGCCUUUCACCAUUUCUGGGUGCACCCAAGGUCCAAUGGGUUUGCUUACUACUUGUUUACUGUUUCAUGUGUCAUAUUCUUGUUCUGUAUCAGACUAUGUAGAUACUGCAAAUAGUAAGGUGAUACUUCAAAGUUAAAUUCAUUACCUCAUAUGUAUCUAUAUGUGUUAAGAUAUGUCACUGCGUCAUUGGCAGAGCAGCCCGGUAACUUUAUUUGCUUACUGAGUUCAGGUAAAAAUGGCAAGUUUUAUACGACUCUACUAUGAAUAAUGAUGCUCAGUUACAACAUGUGCUAUGACUUUUUUUUCUGGAUGCCAGAAGUAAGAAUAGAUCUAAUGCCUGGCCUGUGGAAUGGAUUUCUGUUGUGUAUGACCUUUCCUGACAGUUCUACCUUGGUAAUGUGCAUGUGCACUCGUGCGUGUGUAUGUGCGUGUAUGUGUGUCUGCAUGUGUGUGUUGAAAUUUAUCACCCAACUUGGAGAGUAUUGACCCUUUUCUACGUCAAAAACUUCAUUCAUUCUCCACUUUCAUUGUCUUUUUUUCAUGUAUUUGACUUGAAAAGGCUCUCGUCAAUGGAUAUAUUAAACUCUUCUUUCAGAUUGUACAGCUAUUCUCCUAUUUUAUCUCAUGCUUCAGAUUGUGCUCAUGAUAACACAAAUUUCCUCUUCUUUUAUCUCAGAAGUUCAGCUAGUGAAAUGAAAGCCUGUCGGUCAGUAAAAUGAGAGAACACAUCAUGUACAUUGUAAGUCUUAGAGGUGAACACAUGUACAAUUGUAAGUCCUAGAGGUGAACACAUGUACAUUGUAAGACUGUGGGUGAACACGUGUUGUUAGUCAUGAACAUACAGAUGUCAGGACGGGUAUCUAUGAUGCAGCGUUUCAGAGCUUUGCCAUCAACGACAUGAGACUUUGAGUUUGAUUCUCAUUUGGGGAGAAUUUCCUCCAUAUUUUUGCUGGGAAGUUGUAUUCCUCUCAGCUCGGGUUGGUCUGCUUCCCAAAAUAAUCUGAAAAGCUUCAAUGGGGCAUGAUACUUUCACAUGAUUCUCCUUUUUAUACUUAUCAGUGUGUGAGAUAAACAGUUGUCUACUAUUUGUUGGAUGAAUACCGGUACUGUACACAGGUUACAAGUUGGUGUGACUAACACAUUAUGUAUGUGAUCAGUCAGUGAGAUGAACGCUUCUUUUGAGUCUGUGGGAUGAAACAUUAAGUUCCAAAAAACUCAAAACUAGCACUUUUGCUCUAUAUGCAGACAGCACAGAAGUGUUAUAUUUUUCAAAGUUGUGUCCUAGUCAUCAGAAAAGCUGCUACGAUUAGAAUUCAUAGUGUAUGUUCACACUUAGUUUUGUUGUACAUGUAUUUUUUUCUGUUUGUGGGGGGUUUCAAAAGGUAUCCUCUGAAGCUAUCACUGAAUGCCAUCGGUUUAAUAUAUAUUAUUAUGAUUUAUACAUGUAUAUUUUUUCAUUUUCUGUUGUUUGUUUAAAGACAUAUUUGUGUACAUUUGUUUUCCUGACAAUAAGAAUGGAAUGGAUUGAACUGAAUA